AUGAGUAUGAUUGGUUUUACAGGAAGCCUAGCGCCCGAUGAUGUUUGUGCCAAUGUGCAGAAAAUCGAAGAUGCUUUCAAGAGGUCAGACUGCGAGCCCAUCAAAUACAUCAGAACGAUUACAAACGACUCAUGCACAACUGUAAACGAGUUGCUGCAUUGCGUUGCUGAAUCCAUUUAUGGCUACAGAGAGCGAGAACAUAGAGAGGCUUGUGUUCUGCACAUGCGCACUGCCAUCCAGGACAGACACAUAGACUCGAUGUUUCCAGCAUGGCCAUUUAAGUGGAAAUUUUGUAGCAAGGUCUGGUGUGAAAUCGGUCACGAAUACACAAAAGAUCAAUUCAGAUGUAUUUUCUGGUGCCUUGGGGGUCCUGCAGCUGUAGGAUUUACAGGCGUUCUAGCUCUUAUAGCCCUUGUUACAUUUGGUCCGCCAGCUUUGGGUUUUGGAGCUGCGGGAAUAAUGGCCAAUUUCAAUGCCGCCCCCUUCAUGGGCUUGUUGGGAGGCAUCAUCGCCACCAUGCAGUCGGUUGCUGUCUUAGGAAUCGGCUACCAGGCAAUUUUGGCCACGUUGUUCUCAGCAGCUGCUAUCUCAAGAGCUGCGAUGGAUUGUAAUUGCUGCGAAAAGUAAUCAAUAAAUAUAAAGAACUAAGGCAUCGCCACUCUACAGUUUAUUGCAGUGUUAUAUAUAUAUUCUGCAGGAAUCGGGUACAAGGCAAUUUUGGGCACGUUUCUUUCAAAAGCUGCUAUCUCAAGAGCUGCGAUGGAGUGCAAUUGUUGCGAAAAGUAAUCAAUGAAUAUAAAGAACUCAUGCAGUAUACUGGCGUUACAUCUUUAGAAAAUAACUGUUAACUCAGAAAUACGGAUUUAAAUUAUUACAUGUAAAUUGGUUAUAAGUUUAUCAAUAAGUGAUCAACUCAAGAGCAAUCUUGAAAUAACUUACAGUUUCUUGUAGAAAGAAGAGGCUUUAAUAUGAUGCCAUAAAACUGCGAUAGGAUAACCUGUGAACUCCGCGAAAGGACGCGCACACCUUAUCACUCUGUUUGGAUAGCGACAUUUGAAACGGACACCAAUCGCUACUAUCAAGAUAACGAUGCCACCCACAGCAAAGUGCGAUACAAUUUAAAAAGACUCAAUCAGGAUUUGUGACUAGUAAAACUUCACGCUUAGCUAUUCCAAAUUUGAGUGUAAAAAUAAAGACAGUGCAUGAAACUCAACA